GCUGCUCCUCCUCCUGAAAGUGACCCGGCCUCGUUAGGAGCUGCGCUCCGAGGAUUUCAGCCUCGCUGUCUUGAACUUGAGAGAACUCCGCAGGAGUGUAGCGCAGCGCCGUCAGAGCUCAGCCGCGGAGCGCAAACACCGCGCAGGUGUCUCCAGACGCAGAGGAACACGCGGGGGUCGCCGUCUGUGCUGCCGGAUUAUAUAUAGCUAUAUUUGAGAUUAGAAUAAGGAUGUCGAGGCGUAAACUGGGCAGCAGACCCCAGCACGUCAGCACAUUAACGUGUGAGACUGAGCUGAAGGAAGUGACCCUGCCCUCUCUUGAGAAGAAGGGCGUCCUGCCGGGGGAGGUCCCCAGCGACCGUGACCUCCUGACCUGUGGACAGUGUCGCCACAGCUUCCCCCUGGCGCACAUCCUGGUCUUUAUCGAGCACAAGAAGGGGCGGUGCCAGGGCGGGACCUGCCUCAAAGAGGCGGAGCUUUUGGGACACAGCCCUCCCUCCCCGCCCAAUAGGACAUUUAGUCGUUCUCCUAUGGAGCCAGCGGUCCAGGUUGCUUCUAGACUGUGCGAGUGGAGCAGGCCUGGGGAGAAUGGAAUAUCGGUGAAGCAGGAGAACUCCGUGGAAGAUGAAGGUGAGCCAUCGUGCUAUAUCUGCCAGUCAUGCAAGGAGCUGUUCCCCAGCGCGUGGUUCCUGCUGCAGCAUGCUCAGAGCACGCACGGCCUCAGCAUCUACCUGGAGGACGACCCCCUGAAAGGCUGUCCUCCCAGGGACAGAGAGUCAGGGCCCCUGAGCUCCCUGAGAGAGAAGAUACAUCAGCAGCGCCUAGCCAGCCUCCAAAAAACAGACUCCUUCUCUCCCUCCUUCACGCCCCCUCCUCGACAGAGCCUGCCCCACCAAAUCAACUACCUGUACCCCGAGAUCCGCCCCGAAAUGCAGCCCUACCCCCAGCCUGAAAACGGCUUGUCGGAUCGAUUCGACAGCCCCGGGCAGGACCAGGCCCUCAACUUUUCAGCCCGGCUUCGAGAGCUGGCUGGGAACGUUGUGUCUGCAGAGCCCCCUUCCCCGGGGCGGGGUGGCUCUCCCUUCCUCCAGACCACCCAGCCCCCCUGCGAGGGCACCCCGCCAGCCGGGGGGAGAGCUAAGUCCUGCGAGUUCUGCGGCAAGACCUUCAAGUCGUUAAGCAACCUGGUGGUGCACCGCCGGAGCCACACUGGGGAGAAACCGUACCACUGCCCCUUCUGUGACCACGCCUGCACCCAGUCCAGCAAGCUGAAGCGCCACAUGAAAACCCACCGACUCGAGAUCGGGCCCCAGGCCUGGGAGAGCUGCCUGGGGGAGGCCUCAGCGCUCAAGGCGAGGGCCAAAGAGUACGAGGGAUACCAGGGAGCUGACAAGACCAAGCCCGACGCGGCAAAGAAAUCGCAUGAAAGCGAGGGCCAGGAGUUUGUUCUGCAGGCAGAGGUUUCCGAGAAGCUGCCGGAGAAAAAGAACCAUUGGCCAGGGAGCAGCCUGUGUGCACGUGUCCCUGCACGGAUGAGAAAGCUCAAGGACCUGUAUCCGAGCAUUGAGGAACAGGAGGCUGAAGACCUAGCUGCGGGACAGCUCCCCUCAGACACUGAUCUCCAGGAGCUGGCCAACAAGAGCCUGCUGUCCUCCCUGGCACUGACCCAGGCCUCUCCGGGCAAGCAAGGCCUGCUGAGCUUCCUCAACCGGAGGAUCAAACUGGAGCAGGAGGAGGAGACCAGUGGGAUCCCACCGCUACCACCAGUCUACCAGAAUAGUUUGUAUUCCCAGUGGCUGUCCGGGUACAACGGGUCCAUAAACAGCAUAUCGGACACCAAGGAUCCCACUCCGGAUUCCAGGAGGGCCUCCCCAUUCGGGAAUGCUUCCGAACACUCCCUUGAGAACUCUCCGGGAAACAACGGCGACUCGCGCGUCCUGACGGAAGACAGCUCGGAGGAGGCCCUGUCUUCGGAGAGCGGGAUUGCCAGCGGGAACUGCACCCCGAAGCAGACCGCUGGUGGCGGCGGGGGGAAGCGCGCGGAUACCUGCGAGUUCUGCGGGAAGCGCUUCAAAAACAGCAGCAACCUGACGGUGCACAGGAGGAGCCACACCGGGGAGCGGCCCUACCACUGCACACUGUGCUCCUACGCCUGCGCCCAGAGCAGCAAGCUGACACGCCACAUGAAGACCCACGCGCCCCACGGGGGCAAGGCUGCCUUCACGUGCCAGGUGUGCCACGUGCCCUUCUCUGUCUACUCCACGCUGGAGAAGCACAUGAAGAAACGCCAUGCCAAUGAGGAAGCCACGACGGAUAGCAGUGGCACUGCCCCCUGUGAGAUUCGACAGGAGCAGCAGCACAGCCAGGCUAGGAACCCCAGCACUGAACGCUAGCACACAAGAGGAAGGAGAUCGUUACAGGGCAAGCCUGCUGUGACAGAGAGAAGGGUUACAUAAUGCCUGAUUUCUGCUUCCCCAAAUGUAAUUUCAUUAGUUAGCAACCUGCUCUCUUUGUUGUGUAGUCUGAUGAAACAUUUGUCACUGAAUUUACAUUGAAGACACUGAGAAAGACUUCCAGUGGAAACGUUUCUCAUUGAAUUGACUAUGUGUUAUUUAGCAUUUCUAAAUUCAAGCACCAUUGAGUGUUUUAAUAGUUACUGAUGCAUUUUGAAAGAACUCAAACUCCCAGAAUCCUCUGGCUCUCAUUCUCACCCAAUCACUGCUUUUUCUUUGAUCCUCUUAUUCUCAAGGUCUCUGUUCCUUUCUGCAACCUCUUGAAAGGAAAUUCAAGUUGCACGUUUCCCAUAAGGUGUGUUUCUUUCGGACCUAACACCUACAAAAUACAGUAAUUAAUAUUAGCUGAGAUUUAAUGAGAUUAUUGUCUUCUUUAAAUUGAACUCGAUCCCACCAGAUUUCUGUGUGUAACUUCAACACGUUUUAUAAAAUACUUAACCAUAUUUUAUUUAACAGUAAAACCCCCAAAUAUUUAUUAUGCAGAUGGUUUUUGCAGACUGUAUAUGCCCAGGGUUCCAUUAAAGACGUCGCUUUACUAUAGACACCCGUGAUGUUCAAUGCAGAUUUGAAUGUAUAAGCACUGUACCAUUCCAUUCAUAAAUCUGAAAACAUGGGGGUGGAGCUAGUGACAAGCCCCGCCCCUUACAGUUAUUUUACUUGACUCGAUUGGUGUGCUUUUGCAGAUGUAUUUUCCUAGUCUAGCUUAGUAAAUACUUUUAAAACAUAUAAACAUGUUUGUUACUAAUAUUUUUGCCGCUCUUCAGUCUAUGCAUUUGUAAAUGUCCUUCGUAAUGUUUAAAAAAGAAAGUUUACCUAAAACGAUGUCUGUAAAUGGAAUUUGUAGAAGCUUCAUUGCUUAUAACUAAUAAUAAUAAUAAUAAUAAUAAUAAUAAUAAUAAUAAUAAUAAUAAUAAU